UGUGUGAAUUUAAAUAAAUAAUAAUAUACUAACGUUUUCAAUACAUCUGACUAUUCAACAUUCGAAUAAAUUGUUAAAUUUGACUUAUUCUGAUAGUUUAUGUUAUAAGACCAGUAUGGAGAGCAUUCUGGAUUUCACACAAGAGUUUGACGUUGAUAAGUUAGACGCUACUGUCAGGACGUUUUACACUGGUGUUGGAGAAGAGCAAAAAAAGGCACAAACAGUGCUUACUCAGUUUCAAAAUCACCCAGAUGCCUGGUUGAAGGUUGAUGCAAUAUUAGACAAAUCUAAAUUUACUCAUACCAAGUUUAUCGCUCUUCAAAUCCUUGAAAAGCUAAUUCAACAAAAAUGGAAAAUUCUCCCUCCAGAACAACAAGCAGGAAUUCGAAGUUUCAUUGUUAAUAUUAUCGUAGCUACAUCUGACAAUGAACAAUCACUUCGAAAAGAAAAAACGUAUUUAAACAAACUUAAUUUGAUUUUAGUCCAGAUUCUUAAACAAGAAUGGCCCCAUAAUUGGCCACAAUUUAUUCCUGAAAUUGUCAGCACUGGUAGAUCUAACGUAACAAUAUGUGAAAAUAAUAUGGCUAUCUUAAAGUUGUUAAGCGAGGAAAUUUUUGACUAUUCUGCUGAACAAAUGACACAGCUCAAGACAAAGAAUUUAAAGACACAAAUGUGUCAUGAAUUUUCCAAAAUAUUCGAGCUUUGUAAUGAAGUACUAGAAAAAGCGCAUCAGCCAAGUUUAAUCAAAGCAACUUUAGAAACCCUAUUAAAAUUUUUAAACUGGAUUCCUUUAGGUUACAUUUUUGAGACAAAUAUUAUAGAAAACUUACGGAAUAGGUUUAUGGAAUCUGCAGAAUAUCGUAAUGUGACGUUGAAAUGUCUGAGUGAGAUAGGAGCAUUAAACGUAAGCCACGAAUACGACGAUAAAUUCAUAGCUUUGUUUAACAUGGUUGUUGCAGCUCUCGAAUCUAUGGUACCGGUUUCAGCAGAUUUCGCCACGAUAUACAAGAAUAGCAGUAACGAAGAACAGGAAUUUAUUCAGAAUUUGGCACUGUUCUUCACAGGCUUUUUGAGUACUCAUCUUAAGAUCAUGGAGUCUCAGCAGAACAGUCAACCUCUUUUAAAAGCCCAUUAUUAUCUCCUUAGGAUCUCACAGGUUGAAGAACGAGAAGUUUUCAAAGUUUGCCUGGAAUAUUGGACUAAAUUGGUUGCCGAAUUAUACGAAGAGAUACAAAAUUUGCCCGUCCUUGAGAUGCCUCUUCUUUCUAUUACCGGUGUAUCUUCUCCACCUUCUACGCUUGCGAACAUUCCUUUGAGAAAACAUAUGUAUAGUGAUAUCUUAACAAAUUUAAGAGUUAUUAUGAUCGAUCGCAUGGUAAAACCUGAAGAGGUGCUGGUGGUUGAGAACGAUGAAGGUGAAAUUGUUCGUGAAUUUAUGAAAGACUGUGACACGAUCACAUUAUACAAAAGCAUGCGAGAGUGUCUAGUAUAUUUAACACAUUUAGAUGUUCAAGAUUCAGAAAUAAUUAUGUCAAAUAAGUUAACAAAACAGAUCGAUGGUUCUGAAUGGUCUUGGAACAAUUUGAACAAGCUUUGUUGGGCAAUUGGAUCCAUUUCCGGUGCAAUGAAUGAAGACACGGAAAAAAGGUUUUUAGUGACAGUAAUUAAAGAACUCCUAAGUUUAUGUGAACAGAAACGCGGAAAAGACAACAAGGCUGUAGUUGCCUCGAAUAUCAUGUAUAUCGUCGGUCAAUAUCCCCGUUUUCUCAAGGCUCAUUGGAAGUUUUUGAAAACGGUUGUUAAUAAACUUUUUGAAUUCAUGCAUGAAACCCAUGAAGGUGUUCAAGAUAUGGCUUGUGAUACUUUUAUUAAAAUUGCUCAGAAAUGCCGGCGUCAAUUUAUUUCACAGCAACAAGGAGAAACUACUCCUUUCAUAGACGAGAUUAUAAGUGGCAUUGAGACAAUUACAAAGGAUUUGUCUCCACAGCAGGUUCAAACCUUUUAUGAAGCCGUGGGUUAUAUGAUUUCAGCACAGACAAAUAAAACUAUUCAAGAACGUUUAGUAAUGAAUUAUAUGGAACUUCCAAAUCAAGGAUGGGAUCGUAUUUUGGAAGAUAUUUCAAAAGAUAUAAAUGCACUUUAUGUUGCCGAAAAUACAAAAAUUCUUGGACAUGUCCUCAGAACAAAUGUAGCAGCAUGUAGUGCUGUCGGAAGUGGUUUUUCUGUGCAGAUAGCUAGAAUUUAUGUGACGUUAUUGGAAUUGUAUAAAGCGGUUAGUCAAAUUAUAUCCGACACCGUGGCAAAUGAAGGUCUCAUUGCAACAAAAACACCUCGUGUCCGUAACUUGAGAGUAAUAAAAAAAGAGACCUUAAAAUUGAUGGAAGUUUAUAUAACUAAAUCUGAAGAAACAAGCCAAAUCAUAACACAUUUAAUGCCACCGUUGUUGUCAGCGGUCCUUAUCGACUACAAUAAUAAUGUCGAACAGGCAAGAGAUGCUGAAGUUUUAAGUUCAAUGGCGACUAUUAUAGCAAAGUUAGGGCCCGGAAUCACGAAUGAAGUUCCAGCAAUUCUUAAUGCUGUAUUUGAAUGCACUUUGAAUAUGAUAAACAAAGAUUUUUCAGAAUAUCCUGAACAUCGUGUUGGCUUCUUUAAAUUGCUUCGAGCUAUCAACCAGCAUUGCUUUCCAGCGCUUUUAACUUUGCCGUCAGCACAAUUUAAACUGAUAAUGGAUAGCAUUGUUUGGGCAUUUAAACACACAAUGCGAGAUAUCGCUGAUACGGGUCUUAAUAUUUGUUUAGAAUUGAUAAAUAAUAUAAGUAUGCAAGAUCCAGCUACUGCUAACAUGUUCUAUCAGCAGUAUUUCCUUACUCUAGUGGCAGAUGUAUUGUUCGUUUUGGCAGAUACAGAUCACAAGAGCGGAUUCAAAAUGCAAUGCAGUGUUCUUCAACGAAUGUUCAACCUUGUGGAAACCGGUGCAGUACAAUCUCCAUUGUUUAACCCUGCUGAAGUUCAAGAUCCUAACAUGACGAAUCAACGAUUUUUGAGAGAAUAUGUGAUGAAUAUAUUGCACAAUGCUUUUCCUCAUUUACAAAGUAUCCAAGUUCAAUCCUUUGUAAUGGGGCUUUUUGAACUCAAUCAAGACAAUACCAAAUUUAAACUACACUUGCGUGAUUUUCUAAUCCAGCUAAAAGAAUUUGCCGGUGACAAUGCUGAUUUAUAUCUUGAAGAACGCGAAGCGGAAGCAGAACAACGAAAGAGAACUGAAAUGGAGAAUGCUUUGAAAAUCCCAGGUCUUGUAAAGCCCGCAGAUUUACCACCAAUGGAAGAUGAAGAAUAAUGAUAUUAAUUAAAUAGAAUUAUCAUGCAAAAACUUGUAAACAUAUUAUUAAAUAGUUUAAAUAUAUCUUAUUCAUUAAGCAAAUCGUAUUAAUUAUCACAUAUAUUACUCGCUUUUAUGCUUUUUUCUUUCUAUACAAAAAAA